CAUGAAAGCCUUUUUGCCUCUUUUAGUGCUGAGUGCCUGUCUGCCCGCCUUUCUGGCGAGCAUAGACUACCGUGCGCUGUGGCAGUUCAGGAAUAUGAUCGUCUGUGUCAACCCUAACAGCUGGCCUUUACUGGACUAUGCUGACUAUGGAUGCUACUGCGGCAAGGGAGGCUCGGGCACACCGGUGGAUGAAUUGGACAGGUGCUGUCAGGUGCAUGAUGCGUGCUAUAGUGAUUCAUGGCAACAAGACGACUGCUUUGGUGUUUUAGACAACCCCUACACUGAACAUUAUUCCUACUCAUGUGAUAAGGCAGCAAAAAAGGUCACCUGCAAUGCUGACAAGAAUCGCCCCUGUGAGAUGUUUAUCUGUGAAUGUGACAGAAAAGCAGCCGAAUGCUUUGCACAAGCUGGUUACAUCCCAGAGCACGAGCAUUAUCCCAGUGAAAACUGCAAAUGAUCUGGCAAUCCAGACAGGUGUUAA